CUCCCUCAUGAAAUGUUAACCAAACUACCAUUCGAUCUAGAGACAACCCAGUGUCUUUCGUUACAAGACUUUCCGCACGUUAAAGUAAAAUUUGAUGACCAGCCUAGUAGCAAUCCCCGUGGGAACAUUUAUUCCAGUUAUUACGACAACACAAAAGAUGUUUGCAAUGACCUUGGGAUAAUGACUGAGCACGAUUGGCCAAUAGAUCCAGUCAAACCGCCAAACCCUGAGUUCACAAGAGAUGGAAAUUCCAUCUGUCAUGACUCAGUAGUAGGUGAACCGAUGACGUCACCAAAGGUUGCAGACCUGUAUACUCUGCCAAAUUUGUCUGCCGUACUGAACAAGAUAUCUCCUCAUCAUGUCGUCACAGUUGCUGUCCUGGAUACAGGGAUCCUCUCAUGUCAUAAAGACUUUGCAGGUAAAAUCGUGGCUAUGAAGAAUUUCGUGCCUAACGAAGACAACGACUUCUACUAUAAUGACUACAAUGGUCACGGGACACACUGUGCCGGUAUCAUGCUCCAAACCGCUCCUUUCGCACGUUUGGUGAUCUGCAAGGUGUUGAGCAGUUUUGGACAGACAAAUCAGUCCAAAUGGAUAGCAGACGCCAUUGAUUGGUUAUUGAAUGACGAGGAAGGCCCCAAAACGUUCUGUCCAGUAGACAUCAUCUCCAUGUCACUUGGAGGUGGCUUAUUCAAUUCCGACUUAAAGCGGGCAGUUUCGGAAGCGGGCGCUCAAGGAAAAGUAGUUCUGGCUGCAGCAACUAACGACGGGAGGAAGGGAAUGACAAACAUCGCCUUUCCCGCGAGAUUUGGGGACGUGAUCUGUGUUGGAAGCCACGAUAGGUUCGGUCAGCCAUCUUUAUUCAGCUCAGUAGGACGAGAGCUAGACUUCCUUGCACCUGGGGAAGAUAUACUUGCCCCGAGCUCCAGAGGCAACUACCAACGAAUGUCAGGAACAUCACAAGCCACACCAACUGUUGCUGGAAUCACCGCCAUUGUGAUUUCCUAUGCUGAGACUGUUGGUACGUCCGCCCAAUUCAGUUGUUAGGGUAUUAUAAUAUUUUAAUGUUCAAUCUACAUUUCAAGCUCAUUUUUUAAGCACAGCAUCUCCUUAAUUGUU